CUCAUUCACGAUGGUGUACAGCUGGGAAGACUUAAAAAAGUUAUGGGUUGACUGAGCCAUCAAAGAAAUCAAAGUUCUGCACUGCAUUAGACAUUAGCCAUUACUCAUUUGUAUAAGCUUAAUCAUCUCAUCCACCUCCUUAAGCUGCACUAGUAAGUUUCACAAUCCUUUCUUCUAUUUGAUUCAGCCAUGCCGGUGGUAGAAACGCUUGGUGGUGCUCUUUUCGGUGCAUUCCUUCAGGUUGCGUUUGACAGGCUAGCUUCUCAUCAAAUUCUGGACUUCUUUCGCGGAAGAGAACUUGACAAGACACUACUGAGCCAGUUGAACAUGAAUUUGCUGUCCAUAGAUGCUGUGGUUGAUGACGCAGAACGAAAGCAGAUUGAUAAUCCACGCGUGAAAGCAUGGCUUGCUGCUGUCAAAGAUAUCGUGUUUCAAGCAGAGGAUCUCUUGGAUGAAAUAGACUAUGAACUCUCCAAAUGCCAAGUGGAAGCUGAAUCUCAGACUGAUGCUAACCAGGUACGCAACUUUAACAUGGAAAUUGAAGCAAAGAUGAAGCAAGUCCUUCAAGACCUAGAAUUUCUUGCAAACCAAAAGGGUUAUCUAGGUUUAAAAGAGGCUAGUGGUGUUGGUGUUGGAUCAGGAUCAUGUAGUAAUGUGUCACUGAAAUUACCAUCAACAUCUUUAAUGGUUGAAAGUUUUAUUUAUGGCAGAGAUGAUGACAAAGAAAUAAUCAUUAAUUGGUUGACAUCUGACCCUGAUAAUUGUAAACAACUACCAAUACUUUCUAUUGUGGGAAUGGGUGGGGAGGGUAAGACCACGCUUGCCCAACAUGCAUACAAUGACCCAAGGAUAGAGAAUAAAUUUGAUAUCAAAAUUUGGGUUUGUGUUUCGGAUGAUUUUGAUGUUUUCAAGGUAACAAGAACAAUUGUUGAGACAAUCACUAAAUCAAAAGAUAAGAGUAGAAACCUAGAAAUGCUUCAAAGAAGAUUGAUGGAAAUACUGACAAGGAAGAGAUUUCUUCUUGUCUUGGAUGACGUUUGGAAUGAAGAUCGAAAGAAAUGGGAAGUAGUGCAAACUCCUCUUAAUUAUGGGGCCCACGGAAGUAGGAUUCUUGUUACAACUCGUAGUAAGAAAGUUGCUACUACCAUGCGGUCAAAUAAAAUACAUCUCCUAACUCAGUUAAAAGGUGAUCAUUGUUGGAAAGUUCUUGCUAAAUAUGCAUUCCAUGAUGAUAAUCCUCCCUUAUUAAAUGAUGAGAUGAAAGAGAUUAGUACAAAGAUAGUUGAAAAGUGCAAAGGUUUGCCACUAGCUUUGAAAACAAUUGGAAGUCUCUUAUACACAAAAUCAUCUAUUUUGGAAUGGAAAAAUGUGCUAACAAGUGAGAUAUGGGACUUACCAAAAGAAGAUAGUGAAAUUAUCCCUUCUUUAUUAUUGAGUUAUCAUCAUCUUCCUUCUCAUCUCAAGAGAUGCUUUGCGUAUUGUGCCUUAUUCCCCAAGGAUUAUGAGUUUGACAAGGAGUGUUUAAUUUUGUUGUGGAUGGUUGAAAAUUUUCUACAAUGCCCCCAACAAAGGAAGAGUCCAGAAGAAAUUGGUGAACAAUACUUUAAUGAUCUAUUAUCAAGAUCCUUCUUUCAAAAAUCAAGCACAUAUGAAACAUGGUUUGUCAUGCAUGACCUUCUUAAUGACUUGGCAAAAUAUGUUUGUGGAGACACCUGUUUCAGGUUGGGAGUUGAUAAAGUAAAUGUUAUACCAAAAAUGACUCGUUAUUUUUCUUUCGCAAUCAAUCAUGUUCAAUAUAUUGAUGGGUUUGGGAGUUUAUAUGAUUCUAAAAGAUUACGUACAUUUAUGCCAACAAGUUGGAGAAUGAAUUACCUUUAUGAUCAUUGGUAUUGCAAGGUGUCAAUACAUGAGUUAUUCUCCAAGUUUAAGUUCUUGCGCGUCUUCUCCUUGUCUUGUUCUGACCUUGCAGAGGUUCCUGACUCUAUAGGCGAUCUUAAACAUCUCUGCUCAUUAGACCUCUCUGGUACUGGAAUAAAAAGACUACCUGAUUCAACAUGUUCACUUUAUAAUUUGCAAAUACUAAAGCUGAGCUUUUGUAAAAAUUUGGAGGAUUUGCCCUUUAAUUUACACAAACUCACGAAUUUGCGUCGCCUUGAAUUUAGAGACACUAAUGUGAAAACGAUGCCAAUGCAUUUGGGGAAGUUGAAGAAUCUUCAAGUAUUAACUUCAUUUUAUGUUGGCCCAAGUAGUGAGUUUAGUAUUCAACAACUAAGUGAACUCAAACUUCAUGGAAGGUUGUUAAUUGGGGAGUUGCAGAAUAUUGACAAUCCCUGGGAUGCAUUAAUAGCAGAUUUAAAAAAUAAAAUACACCUUGUGGAUCUAGAGUUAGAAUGGAAUCGAAAUCAUGACGAUUUAACAAAAGAAAGGGAUAUACUUGAGAAUCUACAACCUUCCAAACACUUAAAGAAGUUGUCAAUCAAGAACUAUGGUGACAAACAAUUUCCAAGUUGGUUAUUUGAUAAUUCAUUAUCUAAUGUGGUGUCCUUGAAGUUGGACUAUUGUAUACAUUGUCCAUGUUUGCCUCCUCUUGGACUUUUAUCAUUGCUCAAGAACUUGACAAUUACAGGGCUUGAUGGGAUAGCAAGUAUUGAUGCUGAUUUUUAUGGGAACAACACUUCUUCAUUUACAUCCUUGGAAACAUUGUACUUCUCUGAUAUGAAGGAAUGGGAAAAAUGGGACUGUAAAGUUGUAACAGGUGCUUUUCCGCGUCUUCAACAACUUUUUAUAGUGAAAUGUCCCAAGUUGAAAGGUCACUUGCCAAAGCAACUUCUUCAUUUAAAGAAACUGGUUAUUCGCCACUGCAAACAACUUGUGGCUUAUGUUCCUAAGGCUCUAGCAUUUUGUGAAUUAGAUAUUCGUUACUGUGGAAAACUGCAAUUUGAUUAUCAUCCAACAACUUUGAAAAUGCUAACCAUUAGCGGACACAACACAGAAGCAACAACAAUUGAAAGGAUUGGGAACAUCUUAUCUGAUACUUCUCUUGAAUUCUUGUCAAUUGAUUCUUGCCCUAAUAUGAAUAUUCCCAUCAAUCGUUGCUACGAUUUCCUCAUAAAUUUGGAAAUCAGUGAUGGUUGUGAUUCUCUAACAAACUUUCCUCUAGAUUUGUUCCCAAAACUUUGUUCGCUUGAUCUCAUGUGUUGUCAUCUACAAACAAUUUCACAGGGGCGUGUUCAUAAUCAUCUCAAGGAUCUGAAGAUAGAUGAGUGCCCUUGGUUUGAAUCAUUUCCUAGUGAAGGAUUAUUUGCACCCUGGCUAGAGAGCUUUCAUAUUAAAGGAUUGCAAAAUUUGAAGUCAUUGCCUGAAGGCAUGCAUUUCCUCCUUCCAUCUCUUGAUAACCUUCGAAUAGAAGAUUGUCCAAGAGUUGAGUCCUUCCCUGACGGAGGUUUGCCAUCAAAUCUAAAAAAGGUCCAUCUCUAUAAUUGCUCCAAGCUUAUCACUUCUUUAAAAGGAGUUUUGGGAUCCAAUCCCUCUCUAGAAACCUUGUGUAUUGGAAAAGUGGAUGCAGAGUCUUUUCCUGACGAUAGUUUGUUGCCACUCUCUCUUACUUCUCUAUCGAUCUAUGAUUGUCCAGAUCUUAAAAACCUGGACUACAAGGGUCUUUGUCGCCUCUCUUCUCUCAUGGAAUUGGUUCUUGAUGACUGCUCUAGCCUCCAAUGCUUACCAGAAGAGGGUUUGCCCAAAUCCAUUUCAUAUCUUAGUAUUUCUGGCAAUUGUCCAUUUCUCAAAAAGUGUUGCCAAAAAAUAGAAGGCCAAGACUGGAGAAAGAUUGCUCAUAUUAGAAAUGUAUGGAUUGAUCAUAAACCAAUAAGAUGAACAAGAAGGUAGGAAUUACACAUGCACAGUUUCUCAGAUGUCUACCUUUUCAUCAAGUGCAAAUUCUUCACAAUAUCUUUGAAGCUUUUGAUAUACAAUCUUGUUUAUUGGAAAUAUUUCUCUAUGGUUAACAUUUACCAAACAAUAAUAGCAACACAAGUUACAUUUAUAUUAACAGAUUUAUCUCUUCACUCAUCAUAUUUUAUUUCAAUAUUCUAUUUCACAAGCUAGAAUUUUUGUUAUAAAUAUCCACUAUUGAACUUACUUGAAUGUUAGGAUUUGAGAAAAAUAGUGUGUGUUGCACACUUUGCUUUCCUUUUCAUUAUAUAUCAAUAUAGCAGAUUGAGUACAUAGAUUGGAAAGGCCUAGGAGUCUAAGACAUCACAUCAGACAUACAAAAGAAAUAUUAAUAAAUACAAAGGCUUCUCUAAUAAGCUAUUCUAACACUCCCUCUCAAGCUGGAGCAUAUAGAUUGUAUGCACCAAGCUUGGAACAUAAAAACUAAAUGCGAGGCCCCUUCAAAGACUUAGUCAUAACAUCUGCAAGUUGUUCAAUGGAUGUGACAAAUUCAGUGACAAUUUCCUUAGACAGCAGCUUCUCUCUAACAAAAUGAUAGUCAACUUCUAUAUGUUUAGUUCUCUCAUGAAAUACUGGAUUGGAAGCAAUGUGUAGCACAACCUAAUUAUCACAAUACAAUUUCAUUGGAUGACCUUCACAAAAUUUUAACUCUCGAAGAAGUUGCUUAAUUAAUCCACGUAAGUUCACAGGUAAUUAAGGCCAUAGCACGAUAUUCAGCCUCAGUACUAGAUUGGGCAACAACAUUUUUCUUCUUACUCUUCCAAGAUAUGAGAUUUCCACCUAGGAAUACACAGUAGCCAGUAGUGGAAUGUCGGUCUAUAGGACAACUAGCCCAAUCAGCAUCACAAUAGCCAGAAAUGUGGUUGUCUCCUUUGUCCUCAUACAAUAAUCCUUGUCCUGGAGCCUUUUUGAUAUAUCUAAGGAUACGUAAAACAACAUUCCAAUGAUCAAUAUGAGGGGCCUGCAUGAAUUGGCUAACAAUCCCUACUGUAAAAGAAAGAUCAGGUCUUGUAAUUAUAAGAUAAAUAAGCUUCCCAACCAAUCUUUUAUACCUCUCUAGGUCUGUAAAUAAUUCACCUUGAUCAGCCAUCAACUUUUGGUUAGGAUCCAUAGGACUAUCAAUGGGCUUGCAAUCCAACAUGCCAAUUUCCUUCAAGAUAUCAACAGCAUAUUUCCUUUGUGAAAUCACAAUGCCUUCCUUUGAUUAAGCAACCUCAAUACCCAGAAAGUAUUUCAAAUGCCCAAGGUCUUUAGUUUGAAAAUGACUAAACAAGUGUUUCUUCAAUUAAGAGAUUGUAGUUGCAUCAUUUCUUGUAAUCACUAUGUCAUCAACAUAAACAAUCAAAUAAACACAACUCCCAGGCGAAGUGUGACAAUAGAAUACUGAGUGGUCUACUUCACUUCUUUUCAACCCAAGUUCUGCACCACAUGUCUAAAUUUUCCAAACCAAGCCCGAGGAGAUUGUUUGAGACCAUAAAGGGAUCUUUGCAAUUUGCAAACUAAACUAGACUCCCCCUGAGCUACAAACCCAAGAGGUUGCUCCAUGUAAAUCUCCUCGUCCAACUCCCCACGAAGAAACGCAUUUUUAAUAUCUAAUUGGUGGAGAGGCCAAUGUCGAAUGGUUGCCAUAGUAAGGAAGAGACAAACUAUAGGGAUUUUGGCUAUAGGAGAAAAGGUAUCACCAUAAUCUAAGCCAUAAAUUUGAGUAUAUCCCUUGGCCACCAAUCUAGCUUUGAGUUGAUCAACAGUACUAUCAGGCCCAACUUUAAUGGCGUAGACCCAUCUACAACCAACUGGUUGUUUACCAGGAGGGAGUGGAACUAACUCCCACGUACCACUAUGUUCAAGAGCCUGCAUUGCAACAAUCAUAGCUUGUCGCCAUCCAGGAUGAUCAAGUGCCUCAUGGACAUUUUUAGGAAUAGUUAAAGGAGAUAUAGAAGAGACAAAAGAACAAUAUGAGGGAGAUAACCAAUAAUAACUCAAAAAAUUAUAAAUAGGAUGAGGGUUCCGAGUAGAUCGAAUACCUUUGCGAAGGGCAAUUGGCCAUCCUAAACCACCAUCACUAGGAUCCGUAGUAGGGGGGCCUGAUGGUGAAGGACAUGAAUUGGGUGGUGUGUGAGGGCGCGUGGACAGGGUUGGUUCGCGCUCAACGAGGCGCACCAAACCCUAAGGUUACUGGAAAAUUUAGUCACCGGCAGCCGGUGACCGGUGACGAAGGACGGCGGCAGACGGCUGCGAAUGUGCGGCGGACAGUGGCGAAUGAUAGAGCAUGAUCGGACCCGCUCUUAUACCAACUUGAAUGUUAGGAUCUGAGAAAAAUAGUGUGUGUUGCACACUUUUCUCUCCUUUUCAUUAUAUAUCAAUAUAGCAGAUUGGGUACAUAGAUUGGAAAGGCCUAGGAGUCUAAGACAUCACAUCAGACAUACAAAAGAAAUAUUAAUAAAUACAAAGGCUUCUCUAGUAAGCUAUUCUAACAAACUUGAAAUCCAAUCAAAUUUGUUGCUUAUAUUCAGGACACUAGAAAAAUGGUGAAGGCAAUAAAGUGCCAAAGUUAUAUAUGAUGGUUUCAUCUUCCUUGAUCUUGAUAGGUACGUAAAUUUGUAUACUCAUUCUUCUUUUUUUUUUAGUUCAUACUAGGGUCGGCUCAAGCAUAAGGCUGUACAAGCCCUAACUUUAGGCCCCCAAAAUAUAUUUUUUACUUACAAAACUUAAUGAAUUUGUUGUAUCAAUACUAAUUUUGGUUUGCUGGUCAUUGUCUAAGUCUAGCAUUGUAAGGACUAGGUCUGAUCUUAGUAUUAUAAUUUUUGCUAAAAGUUCCUUUUUCUUAUAGGUGUCUAUUGAUUUUUUUACCACUCUCUCAUCUUUAAAAAAACUCAACUUCAAAACUCACUUUAGGCCUCAAAAUAUGUUGGGCCAGCCCUAGUUCAUACUUCUCACGUUUUUAAGAUUUUUUUCUUCCCAUAAUACCUUUCUUCUUUUAGUUUUCUAGCAAAGCAUCUUUUCUAUUGGUUUUCUUAUUUUAAUUCCUCAAAGUUGCCUUAGUGUUAAUAACAUAUUGUGUACCUUUCAAUAACAAGUUAUUGGUCUGAGUGAUAUUGGAUUCAGUCUUGUUAAGUAAGGUUUCAAAUUCGAGUCUUGAGUAUAGAAAAAAUGUGAUUAGAAGAGGCGAACCCCACUAAAGGUGGCUAACCAAGUUCUCCUAUAGAGAUUAGUCACCAACAAGACUGGUAGACACUUUGUACCAAUAACAUGAUUACCAAAAAAAAUAUUGUGUACCUUUCUGUUUUCAAAUGUUUCCUGAAUUGCAAAACACUAUUUUCUUAAGGAAAUUCAAGAGCAAACUCAAACAAAACUCUCUUGUUCUCUGUGAAUGACUGCAAUGUUUCUGGUUUGCAUGUUAUGGAUUUCAUGUAUUGAUAUACAAAAUGCGAGACUGUCAUACUUUACUAUCAAGACUCUUAGCUCCUACUUUUUAAUUAGUUCUAUUUUGGUAAACAUGUUCAGCUCAUCUAAUUGAUAUGCAUAUAAAGGAAGUGAUAGCCAACUUUAAACUAUUGAAUUUUCAAGUUGUCUUUUGCACUUGUAGGUGGAUUAUAUAAAACAAAGCUUUUGAGCUGAUAUAGUCCACGAAACAUUGUUCGUGACAGAUUUGACACGGGUAUAAGAGUUUUGUUCAUAUUCUUAAAGAUCGAAAGAGCUAUCAAUCAAGAGGUAUGGUGACACGAGUUCCAAGUCGGUUUUUACUUAGAAGAUUCUUCAAAAUCCAAUGUGGACUCGUUCAAGUUUAGCAACUCCAAUUUUUUAUUUUUGUCUUGUUGCCUUCUUUGGACUCUUUCCAUGUUUCAAGAAUCUAUCAAUAAUUUGGCUUGAUGGGAAAAUGAUUAUUGGUUCUAAGUUUCAUGGGAGUAUGCAAGUGGCUCCACUUCUAUUAUUUCAUUUGCAUAAUUGGAAUUUGCAUUAUCUACAUAUCAACACGUGUUUUACAUGUUAUGUGUACUUAUGUUAUUACUUGGACAAAGUCUUAUUAAAAUUUAUUUUAAAUGUCA